AUGGCGGGUGGCAAAACUUCAAAAAAGCGUAAGGCUGCUAAUUCUUCAUCUGGUCGCUCCUCCAAGCGUGGAACCCGGAGCACUUCCCCCAAUGAUUCCAAGCCUUUUGAUAUUCUUUUGCCACGAUUGGCUGCAAAAGGACCUGCAAUCGGGAUCGACUUGGGAACCACGUAUUCAUGCGUGGGCGUGUGGCAGGACGACCACGUUGAGAUCAUAGCCAACGAUCAAGGAAAUCGCACAACGCCCUCUUACAUCGCUUUCACCGACGCCGAGCGUCUCAUAGGCGAAGCCGCCAAGAAUCAGGCUGGCGUCAACUCCGUCAACACCGUCUUUGAUGCGAAGCGGCUGAUCGGAAGACGAUACAGCGACAGCUCGGUCCAGACAGACAUGAAGCUGUGGCCGUUCAAGGUUGUCCCUGGCCCCACCAACAAGCCCAUGAUUGUGGUCUCCCACAAGGGCCAGGAGAAGCAGUUACCCCCUGAGGAGAUAUCUUCCAUGGUCCUCACCAAGAUGGCCGACAUCGCCAACUCCUUCCUGGGCCCCACCCCUUCCCGCGACGUCGUCAUCACCGUCCCGGCCUUCUUCAGCGACUCCCAGCGUCAGGCCACCAAAGACGCCGGCGCGAUCGCCGGCCUCAACGUCAUCCGCAUCAUCAACGAGCCCACAGCCGCCGCCAUUGCCUACGGCCUCAACCAAAGGGCAAAUACUGCCUGGGGAGGUUCGAAAAACAUGCUCGUCUUCGACCUCGGCGGCGGCACCUUCGACGUCUCCCUCCUCACCAUCAACGACGGCUCCUUCGUGGUGAAGGCCACCGCAGGCGACACCCAUCUCGGAGGGGAGGAUUUCGACAACCGAGUCGUCGCCCACUUCGCGGCCGAGUUCAAGCGCAAGCACAAGAAGGAUAUUUCGGGAAACCCCCGAGCCCUGCGGAGGCUGAGGACCGCCGGCGAGCGGGCGAAGAGGAUUCUCUCCACCAACACUCACGCCACUGUGGACGUCGAGUUCCUGCACGAGGGCAUCGAUUUCCACUCCACCAUCACCCGCGCGAAAUUCGAGGAUCUCAACAUGGACCUUUUCCAAAAGUGCAUCGAGCCAGUCGAGAGCUGUCUCAGGGGUGCCGAGAUGGACAAGGCCGCCGUCCACGACGUAGUCCUGGUCGGAGGCUCGACUAGGAUCCCCAGGGUUCAGAGUCUGCUGCAGAGUUUUUUCAACGGGAAGGAGCUCUGCAGGAGCAUCAACCCAGACGAGGCUGUUGCGUACGGCGCCGCCGUGCAGGCGGCCGUCCUCACCGGCUUGAGGGACAACAAGGUGCGGGACCUUGUCCUUUGCGACGUGACCCCACUCUCCCUCGGUAUCGAGAUAGAAGGGGAAGUGAUGGAUGUUGUGGUCCCUCGCAACACGCCCAUCCCUACUCGUAAGGAGAAAUGGUUCACAACGAUUAAAGACAACCAAACUUCUGUGGACUUCCCAGUCUACGAGGGGGAGCGGGCGAGGUCGACGGAGAACAACCUGCUCGGGCAGUUCACGCUGAUGGGAGUCCCACCGGCCCUUCGAAGGGUGGCAAGGAUUGACGUGUGCUUUGAAAUCGAUGUCGACGGGAUACUGAGCGUGUCGGCUAAGGAGAGGUUCAGAGGAAGCACGAACAGGAUCACUAUAACCAACGAAGAAGGUAGGGCGUCGAGAGAGGAGAUUGAGAGGAUAGUGAGGGAUGCAGAGAGGUACAGGCGGGAGGACGAGGAGUACAGGAGGAGGGCCGAAGCUAGAAACAACCUUGAGAAUUAUGCUUAUAGCGUGAGGAGCGCGGCCAGGGCUGCUGUCUGGCUGGCGAUGGCCGACAGGAGAAAGGUGGAGGAGGAGGCAACGUGGGUUAUUAUGUGGGUGGAGGGGAAUUGGAUGCGGUCUGGGGUUGACGAGUUGAAGCAUAAGAUGUGGGAGCUUGAGCGCAUUUGCAGCCCUAUCAUCAAAGUUGGCAUGGAGUCUCGUGGGUUUUAG